AACAGCUAUUAGUUCCGUAACCGAGACCACCGUCGGCCAGCCUCGAGUAGGGGAGAGAGGAGCGAGAGUGAAUGAGGUAGAGGAAGAGGCGACGAGGACGACAUCAGGAAGAGAGAGAGAGAGAGGGAGUGAGUCCUCUUGGAUCGAAGCUUGGGAGGAAGGGCGUAAGUUAGAUGGGAAAGGAAGUUAAAGACAUUUGUACUGGUGAAGAAUCAGAAGGUUUUAUCAUAUGUUCAGCCAGUGAUGACCCUGAGAUUCCUGAUGACUAUUCUUAUAAACAUCUGGAGCUUUCUGCAUUUGAUGAAACUGGGAAGGACAUUCCUGAUCCUCAAGACUCUCAUAUAAACGGACAACUAGAAGAACACAAAGUAAAUGGGGAUACAAUAGAUAGUUUUGUUGAGGAUCUCUCUGUGCAUCAAGAUGUGGAUUUUCCCAAGGAAGACAAACUGCCCUGCUUUAAGAAGUCAAAUUUAAAUGAUGUCUCGGUGGAGAAGGAAAAAGUGAACUGUGUAGAACAGAAGCCAGGUAAUUAUCAGAACACUGAUUCUCCCAUUAAAACAGUCCCAAAAUCUGCUAAUGUUGGAGAAAUGAGUUCCGACUGCAUUGUUCCUCAACCAUUUGCUCUUGCAACCGAUAAGCAUGCUUCUGGUGGGAACUGUUUUGUUGCUAAUAUUGCUGGGAAUGGCAAUGGAUCUGCUGAUGUGAACAGCCAACAAGCACGUAAUAUGCCAAAGAAGAUUCAGACUUCCCCAACGCUCACAUCAAGGAAUCCUUUGCAUCCUGAUAAUACAAAGCACCUGGAUGAAGAGGAUACUUGCUCUAUUGCCUCUUCAACUGCUGCAUCAGUGAGAACAUUAAAAGGCAGGUUUACAGUCGCAUCUGCACCUGUUUUCAGAUGCAGUGAACGUGCAGAAAAGCGGAAGGAGUUUUAUUUGAAGUUAGAAGAGAAGCAUCAAGCUUUGGAGGCUGAGAAAAACCAGUGUGAAGCUAGGACCAAGGAAGAACGAGAGGCAGCACUUAAGCAACUUAGAAAGAGCAUGACUUUCAGAGCUACGCCCAUGCCGAGCUUCUACCGUGAAGGACCUCCACCAAAGGUUGAGCUUAAAAAGCUACCUACAACUCGUGCAAAAUCACCAAAACUUGGCCGAAGGAAGAGCUGUAGUGAUGCAAACAAUCCAUCCAAAGGAGAUAACAAUGAUGGAGCAUGUGGUCGAGUAAACCGUCAUAGUUUGGGGAGUUUCAAAGGAGAUACCAUCAAACUGCAGAGUGGUGUGAAGAAUGGUAAUGCAGCUUCCAAAGAUAAAGAAGGGCCCAAACUGGUGAGGGAGAGUUCCAAAACCUCUUCUCAGAAGUUAUCUGGGCAGAGGAAGGCUGAUAUCACUGUGCAUUCUUAGCUCAUAAAUUACUCUAUGUUCUGGUAAUCUAUCUUACAUCACAUUUGAUCCCUUGCUUUCUGGAAGAUGUAGUGUUCUUGUGAGAACUUGUUGCUAGAAUUUGUGUGAUGUAUGAUGGUGUAAAUUUUUUAAGUUAUAAAGAAACAACAUGUAUUAAACACAAAGGUCUUGGAGCAGUUUUAUUAGAACUAUUGAAAGAAAUGACUGUUUUUCAUUUGGACAA